AAAAUCAAAACAAAAAGGCAAGGAUUGGAAAAUUUUUCGGAAAAAUCGCGUAAAAAUACGAUCACGAUGGCGAGUGGAGAAAAUCCGGAUAAUCCACGGCAUCCUCGAAAUCUGCAGGGUUUGCUGAAGUUCGCGGUGGAAGCAACAAAAGAGGAAGAUGCACCCCAAGAAUCUCGUCUACAGCCGAUGGAUGAAGAACGGCGUCGAUUCCUGGAGAAUGCUCUGAAUUCGCUAACGGUCGAUGUGGUUAAGGAGUUGGAAAAGGCGAUGCAAACCCUGCUGGACGCAUCCUCGAGUGAUGAAGCGAAGGUCGAGGCCAUCGAAAUCGUCACCGACUACGUACAGGAUGUGGAUGCGGCCAAUGAUUUCUUUAAAAUCGGUGGAUUCACUAUUUUGCGGCCGGGUCUAGAAUCGUCCAGUGCAAGUUUACGUGCCGUAACGCUCAGUUUGAUUGCCGAUCUGGCCCAGAACAAUCCCUUUUGUCAGCAAAAGCUGCUCGAGAUGAGUCUGCUUCCGAAGCUGACGGAGUUACUGUCGGACGAGCAACCGGUUGCAGAAAAGGCGUUACACGCAAUCUCCUGCCUGGUGAGGCACCACGAGCCGUGCUUGGCCGCGUUCAUCGAAAUCGGAGGACUCGAGUGUAUACUGGGAUGCAUACAGGCGGACAGCGAAAAACUGCGCGUGAAAUCGGCCUUUUUGUUGUCAAACCUGUGCGGCGAGCUGGAGCCGGUGCGGGAUGAAUUCAUCAAACUGAACGCUAUCGAGGUGUUGGUGGAUGCAGUAAAACCUACGGAUACAUAUGAUCCCAAACUGGAAACUGCCCUGUCUUCGUUGCAAGUACUGACCGAAUGUAAAGCGGGAGUAGAACGCUGUAGUCAGGUCUCAGGCUUUAGGGAGAAACUGGAAGCAAUCAUUAAGCAGAGUGCCGGUAAAGAGGAAUGUGAGGAUCAAUUAAAUUAUGCCAAGACCUUAAUGCAACGAUGUUUCUCGAACGAAGCAGACGGAACAGAACGAUAAAACUAAAGUUUCGUACAAGUUUUAAGCUAUUGCACCCUAUUGUGUAACGCUUUGUAAAUCAAUAAAUCUUU